AUUUAAACACAACCUUUGCGUGUUUCAGUUGGGCUUCUUCACGUACUACACAGUGGCAAUGGGCGGGGUCAACCCUUCGGGCCCUGUCCCUAUAGACAGCGUGUUCAUCUAUCGGCCCGACAAGAGACUGGAGGUCUGGAGGUUCCUGUUCUACAUGGUGCUGCACGCAGGUUGGCUGCACCUGUUGUUCAAUCUCCUAGUCCAGGUUCUUGUUGGGUUGCCCCUGGAGAUGGUUCAUGGUUCACUCAGGAUAGGCGUUGUGUAUAUGGCUGGUGUUCUAGCAGGUUCUCUGGGGACGUCAGUAUUCGACACAGAAGUUUAUUUGGUUGGAGCAUCAGGCGGAGUGUACGCUUUGCUAGCAGCGCAUCUCGCCAAUGUUCUCCUGAACUAUAACAACAUGGAGUUUGGGAUUGUUAGAUUAAUUGGUAUAUUUGUUGUUGCAAGUGCUGAUGUUGGAUUUGCAGUGUACGACAGGUACGCAGCCGAACAGCCGGGCCCGUCUGUCUCAUAUGUCGCGCAUCUUACAGGAGCUCUAGCAGGUCUCACAAUAGGACUUCUUGUUCUCAAGAACUUUGAACAAAAGUUGCAUGAGCAACUCAUGUGGUGGGUAGCCCUCGGUGUUUAUGCGGCAUGCACCAUCUUUGCUGUCCUCUUCAAUGUGUUCAACCCUGGCUACCCCUGAUGAUGUCAUCAUUACAACGUUGUUAUGUUUUCAUCGAGGUUUCAGCUGGCCACACUGGAACAAUUACCAUAGAAAUGUGAAAGUUUUGAAAUAAUUCUCAGUUCAGUAUUGAACCUCAUGUACAAGUGGUGUUCAGCAGUGAUGACAGCAGUGUAUGUUGGGUAUGAUAUGCGAGUCAGUAUUACCAGUUGCGUUAUAUUAAUCAAGGCAUUGAGAAUUUAAGUUACAUCUUGUAGUCAUCAAAACUUGUGUAAUAAAUAAGGCAGGCCUUCGCAGUAGUGUCAUGCUGCCUGUAACCGACAUUCACCAUGACACGUCACCAAGAGAGAAGGAAAAGUUUGGUGGUAUAAUAUAAUAGUGAGAGAUGUCAUGCCUUGAUCAGUCAUUUAAAGCAAACUUCCAGAUUAAGAGAGAAAUGGAUAAUAAAAGUGAAGUCUGGGGAUCUUCCAAACCCUACUAAGAUGAAACCUAAUUCAUCAUCUAGCUGUUACAGUUAUUUCUACUAAUCUAAACUACGAAAUGCUCGUGUGCACAUGUUCAGUAAAUGUUGUGGAUGAAAAGUGAUGAUUGAUGCUAGUCAAAAAUAAAAUUAAAAAGAAAAGUGUAUGUGUGUGAAGAACAUGGGAAAGGAAUACAAAUAAUGUCAUAUAUUUAAGAUUGAAAACAUCCCAGGAACAGACUGACCAUUUCUGCCUAUCAGAGAGUUAGAAGCCAGGAUAUACUGCUUUAGUUAAAAUAUAAAGACAUUUGAUGAUGACUCUCUUUUAAUUGUUGUUUAUUUAUGAGUGUUUGUGUAUAACUUAGGGAGAUUAUACAAUCACAUGUUAUAAUUAAUUGUAUUAUCACAUUCUCCUUUUUUUCAACAAGGAAAUUCUUGUCUUUAUACCAAAGAAAUGUAGGUAAUGAAAAUACUGCAUGGCUCUUCAUAAUCUUGUUGAGGUUAGAACAGAACACUUGUAAUUUGGAAGCCAUAUUGCAGAAGUGUAGAGAAGAAAGUUACACGUAUAACAUUCAUUCCUUUUUUUUUAAACAAGAGAAGUUCAAUAUGGAUUUAUGUAUAACCAAAAUUAUUAAUCACUAAUUUCAACUAACAGAACAGAUACAAAUGAGUGUUGCAAAUUGACACAAUAUUGUACCAUAGUAAGAAAUGACAUAUGUUCUUUAUAUAUUUCACAAGGGAACCUAGUAAACAGGCUGAAGCGUGUGAGUAUAGCAAGUAGUGAAUUGAGUUACCAGUCCAAAAAUUGUAGUUUAAUGUUUAAAGAAUGCCUCAUAGGCAGACCUCUUUCCCAUUGCCAAGCCUUAAAGUUCCCAAAUAAUUUAAAGAAUUUGAAUUUGAUGUUGGUGUUGGAUAUCUGUAGAGCAAACAAUAUCAGUUGCGUUCAGCUGACACUUUUGCCAUGAACCUACAUGUUUAUCUCAUUAACUGAUAGUGAAAUGAAAGAAUGGAAUAAAUGUUUUUUAUGUUAUGUAUGGGGCAUAUAUUUUAUGACAAACCAUGUAGGAUAAAUUAGUAAAAUGUUAUUUGAGCAUGGGGAAUGGUCAUAUGGCUAUGUUAGUCAUAUCUGCAUAUUGCUACGACACAGUUUGGCUUUGGAACUGAGCAUGAUGUUUCAGACAUUUAAUUUGCAGCAACAGCUGGUGAGAAGAGUUACAGAGCAAUUAAUUGACAGAUUCAUUCUCUAUUUUCAUGUGACCCAGACUAAAUUCAAUAUGACCCCCUUCUUUAAGUGACAUCUAAUAUUGAAACAGAGAAUUUUACUUAAUACAUAGCAGGAUUUUUUGUAUGACAAGAAGAAGAGACAAAUCAGUUAAAAUCUGACACAUUUCUGUAAUAUAUGCGGAAUUAAUGAAGGGAAUAAUUCUGUUUGUUGCAAUUUGUGAGCAAUCCUUAUGUUGCUUUGCAUCGAACAAAUUGUAUCUGGUUUGCAUCAGUCAUUUCAAUAAGAUCAUUCUGACUUUGUGUUUUUAUCUCACUAGGACCACAACUGUGUUCUACAUUUGCAAGCCAUCUCCUUUGGAAGUAAAAAAAGGAAUAAUUUUAAUUCAUUACCUUUACAAUUAAAAUACUUACGAUAAUUAAAGGGCGGUUAAGUAACUGAAAGGUGGAGGAAAUUACAUAAUUAGGAACAUCAGAAUUUGUUUCCUUUGUCCAGUGCAGGUAGGAGGAUCAAAUCAGGAGGCUUGAGGUAUGUGGUAAUGAACCUUCGGGUUCCAUAAAAUGCUG